AUGUGUGCGCGUUUUUGUGUCCGUGCGUACUUUUGUGUGCGUGUAUUUAUGAUAUGCAUCUUCAUUUUCACUUCAUUAGUGAGAUUGAUGCCCCAGUGAUAAACAGGUCUUUUUGGCAGGAAUUUCAAUCCAAGUCGGGUCUCCGCACAUUCAACUCGAUUCAUUAUAUUUCCAUUGAAUACGUUCUGGCAGACGAGUUAGUCAUGAAGUUAUUCUUGGUUACUGUUUUGAUCUCAAUGGUCGCAGGUACCUGGGCCAUUGAGUGCUACAACUGUGGAGUUUCGGGUUGUACUGAUCCUUUCGAUUCGUCUGCAUCAGGUGUAUCGAACACUUGUCCUGGUAGUAGUUUGAUUACAUACGCGUAUUGUGUGAAAGGAGUUAGUGGAUCAACAGUAAUACGUUCGUGUGCUAUUGCCUGUACUGAGGGCUGCGUAGACGGUACCUGUACCUACUGCUGCAACUCCAACCUCUGCAAUGGAGGUACCACCGUGACAACCAGCUUCGUUGCUAUGGGCGUGGCCAUGCUGGCUGCCUUCAUCCUCUCCAGACAUUAGGCUGCAGAACAUGCAUCACGUGACCGGAGUCAUAUGAGAAAUAUGCACAGCUAUAUGUAUGCAUUGUAUACUCAGAAUUGUGGUGAAAAGAUAUAAAUCCUCGGUCUUUCUUACAAAAGUGUGUUUAAGGCAUUCGCAAAGACUUUUCAGAAAACAUCUAAAGGCAAUGUUAAUAGCCUUUUCCAUCAACUCUUCAAAUGUGGUAUUAUACUAUGCAACGAUGGCGUUGUACUGGAACUAAAUAAUCGGAAUAUGAUUCCUUUGGCAUACACAGAAGGCGUUUGAAUUUGCCAUUUUGAUAAUUUCUUGAAAGUCUUUGCGAUCGUGAAACUUUUAAUGUCGUGUGUUUUUAUUAAUUUUGUAAUGCAUAAUCUCUAUCUCUCAUGUUGGUUUUAUUCCAUUUACUUUUAUUUCGCUUUGUUUUGUGUUUAGGCUGAGCAUGGAAGUUCAACUAGAAGAAGGUCA